AUGGAUUUUGUCUACAGCUUUGGUGUGCAGGUUAUACAGUACCUGCAGAACAACUACUGGCAAUACCAUGACUUCAUUGAUUUUGUGUCAGUAGUGGGUGACCCUCGUAAUAUUUUGUCUGUUUAUUUUCCUCUCUGGUUCCAUCUCAGUCACAAUGUUGGCACCAAGAUGAUUUGGGUGGCUGUCAUUGGAGACUGGUUCAACCUUAUUUUUAAAUGGAUUUUAUUUGGGCACCGACCAUACUGGUGGGUGCAAGAAACACCCUUCUACCACAAUGAUUCAAAACCACAUUUGGACCAGUUUCAUAUCACUUGUGAAACAGGGCCAGGCUGUCCAUCUGGUCACGCCAUGGGCUCAUCAUGCGUGUGGUAUGUGAUGAUCACUUCUGCUUUAAAUUAUGCUCGGCCCUCCCGUGCCUCAUCUGUACACAGCUUUCAAAGGUUUUGUCUUCUGAGGUCCUUUUUGUGGAUGACUUUCUGGGUCAUUCAGAUAAGUGUUUGCAUCUCCAGGAUUUUUAUUGCAACACACUUUCCACAUCAAGUUAUCCUCGGUGUUUUCACGGGCAUGCUGAUUGCUGAGGCCUUUAAUCACAUCCCCUCAGUCUACAAUGCAAGCUUGAAAGUUUACCUCCAAACCAACAUUUUUCUUUUCUCUUUCGCUGUUUGCUUUUAUCUGCUCUUUAAACUGUUGGAUAUCGAUCCCAUGUGGUCAGUCAGCAAAGCCAAGAAGUGGUGCGCUAACCCAGACUGGAUCCAUCUCGACACGACGCCUUUUGCCGGUCUGGUUAGAAACCUGGGAGCCUUAUUUGGUCUGGGCCUGGCAGUGAACUCUGAGAUGUUUGUUCAGAGCUGCAAAGGGAAGAACGGCUGCAAAAGUAUGUUUAAACUCAUGUGCGUGACUGCAACGCUCACAUUUCUGCAACUGUACAACUUUAUUAAAAUGCCCACUCACAAUGAGGCUCUGUUUUAUAUACUGUCGUUCUGUAAAAGUGCUUCAAUACCUCUCGGUGUGGUUGCUGUUAUUCCUUACUGUGUUAAUUUGCUCAUCAGAGAGCAUGAAGAGAGGAAGCUAGCUUAGACAGUGGAGCAGCUUUCAAGUUUUAAAAUAUUACCCCCAACACUUAUUGAUCAAGGAUAUCAGCAAGGUUGAAUGGUAGUGUUGGCAAACAAGUGUAAAUAUGUAUGUGUAUUAUGGCCGUAAUCACACGAGGACUGAAACAGUGUAUGUUUAAAAAAGUUGCAUUUGUGGGUUUGAAUAACAUGUUUUGAAAUUUUCAUUUGUUUGAUCUGUUGCUUACCUGAGUCCAUUCUAUGGUGUUUGUUUUAUAUGUAAAUCACAAUAACUGUAAAGACUGUUGAAUUUCUUAUUAAAGAGUUUCUUU